AACUCACAUUUUUCUGUUUAGGGAGGCUGAUAGAAGAGAGGGAUCGUGGCUGAGAGCUCAAUGGACCAGGUUUGCUCGAAAUGUACAGAUGAAAAAAUAUUAGGAGUGUUUUAUAAAGAGUAACAUUUAUUAUAUAAGUAUAAAUAAGCGAUUUUAAGAAGUUACCUGGCUUAUGUUACUAUACUGUAAACAUACGAGGGUCUUUAUUUACGUUAACAGUUACCUACUAAUGUGACGCAACAGCAUCAGUGGGUCCACAACCAGAAUCUUUGAACAAUAGGACAGUUUUAGUGUUGUACUGGACAUGAGAUUUUAGUUAAAGAAAAGACUAGUGAAUCCUACGUAGCUUUGUUUUUAAAAUAGCUGACGUAAUAUUGUUCAUUUGCACCGGUGGUCUGACAUAUUUAACACAAGUCCAUCAAAGGACAGUUAACGUACAUGAUGUACCAGAAUGGGUCAUCGGGCUGAUGUGAAGAUGAACCACAGGAGCAGCCCAGCAAAAGCUUAUGAUUUCCUCCUGAAAUUCCUGCUGGUGGGAGACAGUGAUGUUGGGAAAGGGGAAAUACUGGCCAGUCUACAGGAUGGGUCCAGUGAGUCACCCUAUGGAUACAAUAUGGGAAUUGACUACAAGACAACUACCAUACUGCUCGAUGGACGCCGAGUCAAGCUCCAGCUUUGGGACACCUCAGGACAAGGCAGAUUCUGCACCAUAUUCCGCUCAUAUUCCAGAGGAGCACAGGGUGUUAUCCUUGUAUAUGACAUCACAAACCGGUGGUCUUUUGAUGGCAUCGACAGAUGGAUUAAAGAGAUCGAUGAGCAUGCACCAGGUGUUCCCAAGAUCCUGGUGGGAAACAGGCUUCACCUGGCCUAUAAGCGUCAGGUGACAACCGAGCAGGCCCAGGCUUUUGCAGAGCGACUGGGGGUCACAUUCUUUGAGGUCAGCCCUCUCUGUAACUUCAACAUUACUGAGUCCUUCACUGAGCUGGCCCGAAUUGUGCUCAUGAGGCAUGGUAUGGAGCGACUUUGGAGACCCAAUAAAGUGUUAAGUUUGCAGGACCUGUGCUGUCGUUCUAUCGUUUCCUGCACUCCAGUGCACCUUGUGGACAAACUUCCCCUUCCUAUUGCCUUAAAGAGCCAUCUGAAGUCCUUCUCCAUGGCCAACGGCCUCAACGCCAGGAUGAUGCACGGCCGUUCCUACUCGGUCAUAGCCAGCAGCGCUAAAAAAAGGAACGGAACCAAAAAAUCCAAAAUCAUCUACCCACCACUGAGCCCAUCCCAGAACUGCGCACGGACGAGCUGCAAGAUUUCAUAGAUCAAUGCAGUUGCUGUACUUACAAUACACACUCGCAAUGCAAUUUAAACAAGGAGCUAGUGUUCAAAACCACCACAGUCUUACAAUAAAUAAGAACAAUUUAGAGAACUACGGCCUGUGAGGUCUUUGAUAUAUUAAGUGUUUGACCAAACUUGUUCGCCGUGUUGGUUUGUUUAAAACACAUCCUCCUGGCCAUAUCAAAUUGUGAUCGCUGGACAGAUGUACAAGAGGUGAUCCAAUCCUAAAUAAUG